AUGCCCCAUCUCGUCGACUGCUGUGCUGUACACUAUCGUAUCGCAGUCGCUGGGACUGGACUGGACUCGCGGCCUGCGUCGUCGGUUUGGUCGUCAGCCCUGCGAAUCUCCGAGCCUGUGUGCUGGCCUUUCGGUUGGCGCACCCGACCGGAGCUUGCUCGAGGAUUUAACGAGAGCGAGCCCAGCGGCUGUGAGUGGACCGGCGGCCAGGCAGGCGUCGUCAUCCCUCAGGCAAUGGACAAGCAAAAGGCAGAGGCUGCAAAAGAUCCAUCCCGCACUUGGGCCAAAGAGGCCAAAGGCUGCGCCUAG